UGAACUAGGAAUUUCCGAGGGGUAAGUGAAGGCAACCGGAGGGGCGGUAACUUUGCGUAGUGUCCUCCAUUCUUCAAGUGAGGAGGAAGAACGCGCUCGUUGUGUUCUUACGCAAACAAAGUCAAACGGGUUCCCAGUAGGUUCUGUUGGUCCGGACUGAGCGGCACUAUGUCGGGCAGCUGGUGGAGCAGCGAGGCGGUGACUCACGGCCUGGUGGCUCUGUUCGCGAUGGGAUCCUGGAUCUCCGUCAACAGUCUGUGGGUCGAGCUGCCGGUGGUCGUUAACGUGCUGCCGGAAGAGUGGAACCUGCCUGCCUAUCUGUCAGUGCUGAUAGCGUUUGGGAACAUUGGUCCAAUAGCAGUGACCGUUACACACCACUGUGCUCCAGGACGUUUAAACGAACGCAUCGUCAUCCACUGUAUCCAGGUGCUGGCGGUGGUAGCGUCCGCUCUUCUGGCUAUCUUCUGGUCACACACCGUCACGAUAGCUGGAGAAGACAGGUCACUGCUGUUCCUGAUCUUCACCUUCGUGUUGUCUUUUGUUUGUUGUACGUCCAACGUCACCUUCCUUCCUUUUAUGUUCAGUUACCCCCCUCAGUAUAUUCGUACUUUCUUCAUUGGCCAGGGCCUCAGCGCCUUGUUCCCUUGCAUUGUGGCAUUAGGGCAAGGUGUUGGCAAGCUGGAGUGUAAAACUGUGAAUGGCACGGUGCAGCCGGAGUAUUUGGAGGAGAACUUUCCGGUGCAGAACUUCUUCUGGUUCUUGUGUGUCAUGCUGGUGAUCUCAGCUGUGAGUUUCCAGGCUUUAAUGCAAAGACGGACAGCGUCGCAGGAAAAUGCACCGCCGCAGGAGACUGACGAUGCAGCGGCGGCAAAAAACGGAGAGGAAACGCACCCUCUACACAACGGAGGGACACCGGCGUCUGAGGAUCAGGUGCAGCUGGAGGAACCGCCGCAGACAUUUUGGACAAGGCGGAACAUCUACCUGCUGUCGCUGCUCGCGGUCUCCAACGCCCUCACCAACGGGGUGCUGCCGUCUGUGCAGAGUUUCUCCUGUCUGCCCUAUGGACGCAUGACCUUUCACCUCUCCGUGGUGCUCAGCAACAUAGCGAACCCCCUCGCCUGCUUUCUAGCUAUGUUUGUUGUCCUGAGGUCCUCCACUGGUCUGGGCGUCUUGUCUCUAGCAGGGGGAGUAUUUGCUGCGUAUCUCAUGGCGUUAGCAGCACUCAGCCCCUGUCCUCCACUCCUGGGAAACUCUGCUGGCAUGGCUUUAGUGGUCAUAUCCGGGAUUAUUUUCACUGGCCUCUUCUCCUAUCUGAAGGUGGUGAUCGGGACUUUGCUUCACGAGGCGGGUCACGCUGCCCUGCUGUGGUGCGGCAUCUCUAUCCAGGCCGGCUCCCUUAUCGGAGCCCUCACCAUGUUCCCUCUGGUCAACGUCUAUCACGUGUUUAACCGCUCUCAAGAAUGUGUGGAUAACUGCAUUUAGCAGGAGUGAGAUAUGUAAUGUUUUUUUUUAUGAAUUCAAGUUUUUUUAUAGACACAGUUCCCAUUUAUUCGCCACAGGACAACGACUGUUUUAACCCAGUUUUUUGGGGCUCCUGAGUGAAGAACCAGAUCCGUCUUGUUGAUCCUGCCACCAAUGAGGCAUCCUCUCGUGAUUCAGAGGCCUCGGAGCCGGUGAAAACAUUCCCAGAUAAUGGAAGCAUUGUGUUUCUGCACAUUGGUCCAGGGGGAUGUAAAAUACUUAUGAUGUAGUAAUACCACAAGUGCUUUGUGUGCUAUUUUGAAUCUCUAUAGUUGUUUAUUGUACCACAAACAACAGCUGAUGGAUUUUGUAUUUCCCACAACAACAAAAUCACGUGAAAUGUUAUUUCCUCAGGGACACAAUUAUUAACUUAUUCAUCCACAUUGUUGCUCCUGAAUCUAAAUAUUCACACUGUUAGUUGAACACUACCUGAAACAUCCAUACAGAACGGGAAGUAUUUUAUUUUUUUUUAAUUUCAGUGACUAUUUUCAGAUGUUUGUCUACCUCUUCCCUUUAAUUCCACAUAAGCUUAUAAUAUGAUUUUAUUUACAGUUUUAUCAGAGUCAGAUAUACAACGCAGUUGUGCUGGUCAGCUUUAUGAAAACUGUAUAACUUGUAAUGCGGUUACUACAUGCAGCGACAUUCCUUGAUUUCACGCCAAAAUUAUUUUUUCUGUGCCUGAAAAAUGUUGACCUUCAUCACAAAUUUCCAUUUCCUUUAGAUUUGACUGUGUUUCUCAUGUUUUAUACAUUACAACACUAAUAAUAUUUGUAUUCAUUGCAGAUAUACAGUAAUGUUAUUUCACCUUAAGGGAACAAUAGCUGACCUAGCAAAGUAACGAGUAAACAGUUUUGGUAAACAAGGGAUUGUGUCAUCUCAGGCUUUGAAAUAUAAUAACGAUAACAAUGUAUAUCUUUGAUACGCACUAACUAAUGCCUUGUAAGGUAACUGUAUUAACCAGGCUGCUACAUUACAUCAGAUUUAAUAACUUCAUUAAACUCCACAGAAGUUUUACAGAGCAAGAAUAUCUGUUAAUGUUGCCUUAACUUUAUGGUGCUUUUUAAAGGCAUCAAUCUGUUAAACUCUGUGCUGACUACUAACGGCCUGAUUGUUUGAACAGUAAAGUGAUUGAAGGUGCUUUUUGCUUUUUUUAUGACUGGUAUUUUUUGUUGAUUUUUUUUAGUUGAUUGUUGAAUGGCUGCGGUUAAAGGGACAGUUCACCCCCGAAAUCAAAAAUUCAUAUUUUUCCUCUUACUUUUAGCACUAUUUAUCAAUCUAGAUUGUUUUGGUGUGAGUUGCAGAGUGUUGGAGAUAUCAGUCGUAGAGAUGUCUGCCUUCUUUCCAGUAUAAUGGAACUACAUGACACUCCGCUUGUGGUGCUGAAAGAAAAAACAAAAAUGCCAACAGCGAUAUCUCUUUCCCGAACUCAUGACCCGGUUACUCAAGAGAAUCCACAGACCUUGUGAGCAGUUUCUUGUAGGAACUAUUUUCUUUCUUCUGAACUACACCCACCAACCGUAUCACAGCGCAGAAGGAAGCGUGCAUCUAUUCUCUAUAGUGCUAUAAGCUAGCUAACGUUACAGCUCAGCAGGAGGACGCCGUUAAUGUUCACGUCUCCCGUUGUCACGAGAACGAACCUCUCAUCUGUGAGUAGAUGCAUGCAUCCUGCAGCGCGGUGAUACGGUUGGCUGGUAUAGUUUGGUAGAAAGAGAAUAGUUCCUACAUGAAACUGCUCACAACAAGGUCUGUGGAUUAUCUUGAGUAACCGGGUCAUGAUUUCUGGAAAGAGACAUUGCUGUUGAGUUUUUUUUUGCCACUUUGAGCACCACAAGUCGAGUGCCGUCUAGUUCCAUUAUAUUGGAGAGAAGGCAGACAUCUCUACGGCUGAUAUCUCUAACACUCGUCAACUCACACCAAAACAAUCUAGAUAAACGGCCCUACAGGUAAGAAGACAAUUAUGUAUCUUGUAUGUAUCUUUGAUUUUAGGGUGAACUGAACUUUGAAGUAUAUUAUGAAGGCUAUGAAAUGACUUAUAAACAAUAAAGAAUUGUUGAAAAGG